AUGAAGAAACUGCGACAAGCAGAGAAAAACAAAUUGAGCUACAGCACAGGAGUGAAAAAAGGCAGAGGUAGAAAAAAAUGGUAUGUGGACGAAGACCUUGAGGUUGUGGAAGAUAGCAGCAGUGAUGUCGAAAUUCCUGUUCUAUCAUCAGCUAUAAGUGUUGAUGAUGAAAAUGUGACUGGACAAGAUGUGUUUUCCUUCCGAACAUCAAAGAAAUCAGGACAAAUGGUGCUCAAAGCUUCUGAAAGUGGUACUUCCAUAUGUGAAUCAACUAUCGACACUUGUGGAGCAAGGAAAUUAAAUAAAGCUUCCUCCAAAAUGGUAAAGAAAGAAUCAUUAUCAUUAAGAAGAGAAUCAAAGACAGCAAAAAGACAUUGCAAGCCCCAGACAACAACUCCUUACAGGUUGAGAAAGCGACAUACUGUAGAUGAAUCAUCUGAUGAAGACAGUGUAGGUGAGACAAGUGAAGAAAGUGCAGGGGAAACAAGUGAGGAGGAGAGUUCCUCAGCAAAUGAACAAAAGGACACACAAUCAGGCAGAAAAAAGAAUGACUUGACCACAAAUGCAGAAGAAUACUUUGACAUUCAUGCAGCAGGGGUAGUGACAUCUGAUCGUACCUUGUCUCGGCUGAAUCUGCCACAGAUGGAUAUUCAGGAAUUAAGAGGGAUGCUGCAACAGGUAUCAGAACCUCAUGCAAAGCAGCAAAAAAGACUCUGGGACAAACACUGUGUUCUUUUCCGUCGCUGGAUGUUCAACAUGUGCAAUGGCUUCAACAUCUUGCUGUUUGGCCUGGGGUCAAAACACAGUCUGCUGGAACACUUCAGGAAAGAGUAUCUUUGUGACUUUUCUCAUCUGGUUGUCAAUGGUUACUUCCCCAGCUUAACAGUGAAGCAGAUCUUGAAUGGCAUCACUGAGGAUGUUCUAGAGAAAUCAGGCAGCUUUCGCUCUCCUCUAGACCAGGUGGAGUUCAUAAAAACACAGUUUGAAACUGAAGAUCAGCAUGAUUUCUAUUUGGUGAUCCACAACAUUGAUGGUGCAAUGCUGCGCAGUGAGAAGACACAAAACAUCCUUAGUCUGUUGGCCCAGGUUCGUGGCAUUCAUCUUAUUGCAUCUGUGGACCACAUCAAUGCUCCACUCAUCUGGGAUCAAAUAAAAUGCAGUCGCUUCCGGUGGCUAUGGCAGGAUGUAACAACAUACUCUCAGUAUCUGUCCGAGACAUCCUAUGAGAAUUCUCUGCUUGCACAGCAGUCGGGAGCCUUGGCUCUGCGAUCUCUCACUCAUGUCAUGCAAAGCUUGACACCCAAUGCUCGCAAGAUCUUUCAGCUGCUGGCAAGAUAUCACUUGGAGAAUGCCAGUGAUGCUGCAUACUUAGGAAUGUCAUUUCAAGAUUUGUACCUCCGGUGCCGAGAGUCAUUCCUGGUCAACAGUGAUCAAACCCUCAGGGCACAGUUGGUGGAGUUCAGGGACCACAAACUCAUUCGUGCAAAAAAGAAUUACGAUGGAGUAGAGUAUUUAAUCAUCCCUCUUGAGACAUCAGCCCUACGAGAGUUUCUGGAACAGGAAGAUGGUAGCUGAGUAGGAAGAAUGUUUGGGUGUUAGUCAUGACAGGGAUCUGAACUCUUCCUUAAGCUGCAAAUCAAGAAGUCUUUCAUAAAUUAGUAGGAUCCAAGUGUUGGUAACACUGAGCUCAGUUAAGACACAGAGCAAAGAAUGUUGUAAGAGAACUUUUGCAUUCAUGCUUGACAGUACUCUUCAGAGAUGUUCUUUCAGAAUCAAAAUGCAAACUUGAAGUGUGAAGGCGUGUUGGUAGUGAGACUUGAACACUUGUACUGCCAUGAUGGUGAAUUUCUAUUGCAUUUCUAUUCUCCCUCAUGACCUGUUGUAAGAAAUGGAUCAGUCCUUUUCGGUUUUGUGGGUAUUGGGCUUACUAUGUAAAGAUGUUUCAUGAGGUUUAGCUAGACAAGCGAGUGCUUGUUACAUUGGCACAACCUGCUCAUUGGAUGCUUACCUGUGACCCUUUUUGUAAGUGAUCAAGAUCCAAGGUUUGAUUUUGUGGUAAUGUCUCUAAAUUCCUUUUACAUGGCAUCCACUUUGUUACUUUCAUACCAUAAUUUCUGCUUAUAUGCAUCAUUGUGCAUGACAGGUAUUUUAGGUAACUUUGCAUGACCUGUGCACUGAGUACAUGCAUGGAUAAAUUAAUUAUUUUUUGUUUCAGUCCAGAAAUUUGUUAGACAUUAGCAGUAAAGAGCAGCAAAGUGUGGAAACACUUUUAUUUUCUUGAUUAGAGUCCAACAACAGCAGCUUUUGAAGAACUUCUCUGCUGCUGUCCUGUUUAAAAUUCGUUAUCAGCCACACAUUCGCAGGCAACAGGGAUGUUAAUCUGCAGACAGAAGAAAUUUGCAAUUACAAGUAGUCACCAUUUUGAAGGUCUUGGGACAAAUACAUGUGAACAAUAAACAGAAAGGUCUUGGAACAAAUGAGUAUGAACUAAAAGAACCAUGAAGGCCUUAAUCAUGCAGUUGUAGAAUGUUUGAUCAAGUCCUGUGUGAAGGUCCCAGGAAACCAGUGGUUAUUAGGGUUCACGUUCGAGAUGCUGGAACUUUAGUCAGUAUACCGAGAUGAAGGUUAAUAAAACAUACUGCCGUGGGUGGAGUUGUAAGAAUUCCCUCCUCCUUGUAAUUUUUAGUUUAUAUCAUACCCUGAAAUCUCUAAUCUAGGACAAAGUGUUGAGCAUCCCAAGGUCUAAUUAUGACAGGAAACCAACAUUAGUUUGGAUGGGGGCUGGAGUGGAUGGUGGUGGUGGUGGAGGAGUGGUCGGCAUUACAAUAGGCACAAGCGUUGUCCUCAAGGUUGUGGUAGUAUAAUUAGGGUUUUGAUCAGAAGUUUAGCAGCUGAUGAAUCAUUUGCUUAGAUUUUGGGAAAUAAACUUGAUCACUUAAAAAUAAUUUUUUAGUUUGGUUUCAUUCCAAAAAUUUUGUAUAGGCUAAUCCAAAGUACUGUCUUCUAUGAAAUCAUGAGUUGUAAAUGAUGUUGGUAAAUGAGUUGGAUGUUCAAAUCACAUGUUACGAGCAAAAUUGAAAAUUUUGAUGCAAAUCAUGAUCAAUUGUUAAUGCCACUCAUCUUGCUCCAAUGAAUGAUGAUAUUUGUUGUUACUCAGAAUAGUAAAUACGAAGAAUAAACUGAACAUUUGCUUGAUCUAAAUUUUUUUUUUUAUUUUUUUUUUUUAACUGGCUGCAGAAUAUUGGGUGGCAAUUGAAGGAACAGAUUUUUGCUGACAAAAGUACAAUCUCUGUUGUUGAGGCUUUUUUUCCUGUCCAAAAUUUGUGGGACCCUCCUAUACAAUUGACCUGCAUAAGCUAAUAGUCCCUGCAUAUGGUUACCGAAAAAGUUCGGCCUGUUAUCUAGUCAGGCAACCUCCACCUACCUGCCGGAUUUUCGAGCUAAACGAGCGCUUAUUGAAUCAAAAAGCGUGUUUUAAGGCUAGUCUAUAUU